ACCGCCAUCCCCCCCCUUCCCUAUCCAUCCCCCCUUGUCCCCUCCGAUACCAUGAGCCUUCCCCGAGGGUAGCCCCCGCUGACCCUCCCCAUCUGUGCUGCCCCCCUCCCCCAACCCUGCAGCCUGAAGCGAGAUGUUUCACGCCUUGGUAGCAGGGGGCAUUGUCUUCCCCGGCCUCUUCUUGUUGUCCAAGAACAGCCUAAAGUGGCUGCCGUGGCUGCGAUGGGAGGAGGCCGACGCGGUCAUCGUCUCAGCCAGGCUUGUUUCUUCAGUGCAGGCCAUCAUGGCUUCUACAGUCGGCUACAUCGUUUCCUCCUCCUGCAAGCACAUUAUCGACGACCAGCACUGGCUGACAGCUACCUACACCCAGUUCGCAGUUCCCUACUUCAUCUACGACAUCUAUGCCAUGUUCAUGUGCCAUUGGCACAAAUACCGGGUCAAGGGGCACGAGGCAGCAUCAGGGUCAGCAGGAACACGAUCCCUGCGCACUGUAACCCGCGCCUACUUGCACAAGGAAUUCCUCAUGGUGGUUCACCACCUCUUCAUGGUGCUGGUCUGCUUCCCCGUGUCUGUGCUGUGGCGCCAAGGCAAGGGCGAUUUCUUCCUGGGCUGCAUGCUGAUGGCUGAACUCAGCACCCCUUUUGUUUGCCUCGGCAAGGUCCUCAUCCUGUACAAGCAGCAGCACACCCUUCUGCAUAAGGUGAACGGGGUAUUCAUGCUGGUGACCUUCUUCUGCUGCCGGAUCCUGCUCUUCCCAUACAUGUACUGGGUAUAUGGGAAGUACGUUGGACUUCCCCUCUACCGUGUGCCCUUCUCUAUCCCCGCUGAGUACAACUUGGGAUCAGCAGUCCUCAUGGCACCCCAGCUUUACUGGUUUGGCCUCAUCUGCCGGGGAGCAUUCCGUGUCUUUUCCCGUGCCCGGAGUGCCGCGAAGGAACAGGCAUUGCGAAAUGGGCACAGGCCAGAAGCACAGGGGCUGGACUGAUCUCUACCCUGACCUUCAACCACAGAUGGACAGAACACAUUUUCCUCUAACUUAUUUAUUUAUUGGGGAUGCGGGAGGGACUGGAGUAUGGGGGGAGUGGACUCUUGAGGCCAAAAGGGGACUUGGAAGGGGGCUGGAACGAAGUGUUCAGGGGGGCAUAACA